GCGAGGCGUUUACCCUCCGUCCGCUGGAAGAAGGGUUAUUCCGACCGCCCCGCGCCUAACAUGAUGUUCCCUGGCCUCCUCGCGCCCCCCGCCGGGUACUCCAGCCUCCUACGCCCCACUCCCACCUUAACGCUGCCCCAGUCCCUGCAGUCGGCAUUCUCUGGCCACUCGAGCUUUCUCGUGGAGGAUCUGAUCCGCAUCAGCCGGCCCCCCGCCUACCUGCCCCGCAGCGUACCCACCGGCAGCAUGUCGCCCCCUAGGCACGGGGCCCCCGCGGCUCUCACCGACACAGGGGCCUCGGACCUGGGCUCCCCCCGUCCGGGCACCCGGCGGGGCGGCUCUCCGCAGACAGCCGUCUCCCCUGCCAGCGAGCCCACGUUCUUGAAGUUUGGGGUAAACGCCAUCCUCUCAUCGGCGCCCAGAACCGAAGCAUCCCCCGCCUUGCUCCAGAGCGGCCCUCCCAAGACCUUCGCCUUUCCCUACUUUGAAGGCUCCUUCCAGCCUUUCAUCAGAUCUUCUUAUUUCCCAGCGUCCUCGAGCGUCGUGCCCAUCCCCGGGACCUUCUCCUGGCCGCUGGCCGCCCGCGGCAAGCCUCGCCGGGGCAUGCUGCGUCGAGCCGUGUUCUCCGACGUGCAGCGCAAGGCGCUGGAGAAGAUGUUCCAGAAGCAGAAAUACAUCAGCAAGCCGGACCGCAAGAAGCUGGCGGCCAAGUUGGGCUUGAAAGACUCACAGGUGAAAAUCUGGUUCCAGAACCGACGCAUGAAGUGGCGGAACUCCAAGGAGCGGGAGCUACUGUCUAGCGGGGGCUGCCGCGAGCAGACCCUUCCCACCAAACUCAAUCCACACCCGGACCUCAGCGACGUGGGCCAGAAGGGCCCAGGGGACGACGAGGAGGAGGACGAGGGCCGGGGCAGCCCCCGCCCCCGCAUGGCCUAUCGCGCGUCCCCGGACCCUCGGCACCUGCAGGACCCGCGGCUCGAAGGGCCGCUGUCCCCCUCGCCCGCGCACUCGAGCAGCCCCGGCAAACCUUCGGACUUCUCCGACUCCGAGGAGGACGAGGAGGGCGAGGAGGAGGAGAUCACCGUGUCCUAGAAGCCUCCCGCACCCCGGGUGCUGUAGCUAAGUGCUUUGAAAUUGAAGAGGUGGGAUCCAGUCUGCGCGUUCACUCAGUCCCCGCUGCCCAGACGCCGCCGCUGCCCACUGUCGAACUGUCGCCUCGUCAAGGGUGCACAGCCCCUUGCAUUGCCCAAAAUGACAUUUCUUUCCCCCACACCACCUGCCAACAGCCCUGUCCACCUAAGUUAAAUUUAGGUCUUGGUCCCAGCCGCAACUGUUUCACCCGAGUUAGUCUUGUUUCUUGCAAGCUAAUGUAAGCACAGCGGGGGGUCUCCACGCCCACAGCCUGGGGUUAGCGGUGAACCAGGCCCCGCUGGUCUCAAGCAGCCGCAACCCUCUAAGGAAGGAAACCUUUUUAUGGAGGAGAGCUAGGAGUCAAACCAUCAAGCGUGAACUCCAAGACCGCUCACGUCCUGGAUCCCUCUGGCUCCCUGUCGUGGGUAGCAAGGGCCUCCCAUCUCACUCCAGCCGCGGUAACCCAGUCCUCCCAGAGCAGUGCCCUUAGAAAGCUCAAGAACUUCAGAAAAGGAAAAAUAUCUCUCUGUGCCUUCUGGUCUCAGGCAGAACAUAAAUACUGAGUCUUUUCUGUCAUAUUCCAAAUGUUUUCUGGGCAAAGAAGUGAGUUCUCUGAAUGGGAGGAAGAGUCAGUAUCUAUUUCUGUAUGUGUGUUCUAAAGCUUUUUCUGUAUAGUUUCUGCACCCAUCGUAUAUGCACCAAGCACUCCACCUUGUGCCCUUUCGUUCUUUCUGGGGUAGUUUCAUCGAGCUGGAAAGCUCCUGAGCACUGGGUGUGAUGCGAACAGAGACAGACCCACAAGCCUCUUUGAUUUUUUUCCUUACUGAACUUUGCUGUCUUUGCACAGCUCUUAUGAACUGUACACUAUUUUGUACACAUGUGUUGUAUGGAUAUUUUAUACCAAGGUUAUUGUGAAUGACUAUAAAGGACUGACUAGAUUUCCCUCCCCUUUUUUUUGCAAUGAUUUUUAAACUUUAAAA